GGUUGCAUGGCGUCAUGCGAUUGGUCUUUAAGAAGGGAGGUGUUAAAGACGGCCAGUUCUAUUUUUCUUUGCUAGUCGUUGUCAACGUCGGCUGCAGGAGCGGCAGCAGCGGCCUUUGGGUUCCCUCGUGUUGACAACGAGCGAAAUGCCCAACCGCAAAGGCGCGAGGAACGCCUAUUUUUUCUUCGUGCUGGAGAAGCUGCCGGAGUUGAAGCGACGCGGUGUAAAUGUGACUGGCGUGGCAGACGCCGUCCCGCACUGCUCGGAUGACUGGGCGAGGCUGACUGAAGAGCAAAAAGAAAAGUAUGCAGAUAAGGCUCGUCUAUGGAAAACUAAGAAAUCUGAAGCAGGAGCAAAGGCAUUGCCUGGCCAAGUCCUGGCACCUCAUCCUAUGCAAACUCAGACAGUUCCUAUUGAGAGCCUCACCAACACAUCCAGGAAGUGUGAUCAAGUGGCUCUUAAAAAUGUAUUCUACAUUCUGAACAUUUUCAGUCAUGGAGAACUGCCUCCUCAUUGCAUUCAGCGUUUUCUCCCUUGUGAAAUUGGCUGUGUCAAGUACUCACUAAAGGAUGGCAUAAUUGCAGAGUCUCACCUUUUUAUAGAUAGUGGUACAGUUCCCCGGGGUUUUCGGUUCCAUUGCCAAGCUGCAGGUGAUGCCACUCACAGGAUUCCCAUCUCUGGCAUUGAAUUUGAGUCUGCAAGUCAUUUUGUUGUGUUUCGUGACCUGUGCAUGUUCAUCCAGCCAGAUAGGAACAACCGGCCGUUCGUGUAUUGUAAGUCUGAUGACUACUUUAGGGUGAACUGGUGUCUGAAGUACCUGGCUGAGGAAGCAGGCAUAACAAAUCAUCUGAAGCUUCUCACUGUGGAAGAUCUUGUGGUAGAGUUGUAUCAGCACAAGUUUCAAAAGGAGCCUUCCAAGACUUGGGUGCGCAACACAUUGGAUGCUUCCGUGUGGGAUUAUUCCAGCAAUACUAGGUGCAAAUGGCAUGAGGAGAAUGAUAUACUGUUCUGUGCCCUUGCUACUUGCAAGAAAACUGCAUAUUGUAUCAGCAGUUCUCUGGCUGACCUAUAUGGCAUCCCACUAACUUCAUCUCAUUUACCCGUGUGUGACAAGGAUUCCAAAAAUACAGUGAACCCUAAGAUGGUAGUACUGGAUGCUGGAAGAUUUCAGAGAUCGAAGGCCCAGCAUGGAGGAAAUGAUAGGUACUUCACUUCUCUUAAUCAGGAUGAAGAUGCCUUUCCUUAUGCUGGUGAGUAUCCUUCAGGAGUGAAGAUAGUGAAUGAGAUGAGCACUGGCCGUGGAAGAGGAAUUGUACGCUUUCUGGAGAGCAUCUCCAAGCAGGCCAGCAAUUGGAAAUCUUCAAAUGUUCAGAAUAGCUGUCCAGAAUAGCUCUGCAUAUCAUAAGGCACUGCAUUACUUUUUUCUCCUGUUUGUCAUGUUUAAGUGUUUUCUUAGCAAAGGAAAAACUAGUUCCACUUCUGUUGUUUAUUGACCAUUUAACACUUUUUGUUUAAGAAUCAAAGUGUUAUUCUAGGGUGAGGAAUACUUGAUAUGUGUAUCUUAAAUGGAAAUCAGAAUAACAGAAACCAGUGUAAGACAGUUUUCUGAAAGUAUGUAGAUUCUUUCAGCUUCUACUGUGCCUUAUUCUACAGUGUCCAAGCAGAAGUCAGCUUGUUCUUCCAAGAAAACUUUUUCUGUUGCUGUGGUAUUAGAAACCUUAAUUGCAAUUAUGUUUUUAUUAGCUAUUUAUGUUUUGAAAUGCCUUAUACUUUAAGGAGCAAGGUGUUUUUUUAUGUAUAAAUCAUUGUUUUGAACAGUAAUGCAAAUGUUUCUUGGUGUGUUGUAUACGUUUCUAUAAUGCUGCAAUACUUUUUCAUCUGUUGCAGUAUAAGCUUAAAUGCAUUAAAUUGUAUGAGAGAGAAACAUA